CACGUUUCAUUUAGUCUUUUCAAAAGUUUCGUUAAAUGAGGAAUAAUUGAAAAUUACUGGACAACUGUCAUUAGUCAAUAUUUGUCAUUGCUAUGAACCAGUUUAUAAACGUGACUUCCUAAUGGAUAUGCAUUAAUAGAUUGACAAAUAUGAAAGAGAAAGUAUGGAAAAUAAAAUGGAAAAUUCAAGUUUAUAUAUUCUUCAUUCAUCAGAUAGUUACGGACAUUUAGAUGAGAGAAGCAUGUUUAAUUCCUCAAUCUCAACACAGAAUACGACGAAUUUAACAGCUGGAUUUAGAACCGAAAUAUCUUUUCAUGAUGUAAUUAUUUCAAAAGACACUCUACAAACUAUGAAACUCGUCUUUGGGAUAAUACUUCUAUUUCCAGUUUCAGCUUUGGGCAUAUUCGGAAAUGCUAUAAGUCUCAUUGUGCUAUGUCAACAAAAAGGUAAAAAAGCAACAAAUUAUUGCCUGAUGGCCUUGGCUAUAUCGGACUUACUUCUUCUCGUGAAUGCUUUCUUUUUUUCUGUGUUAAAUAUAUACAUUUACAACAGUCCGAUCGAGGGUACAAAUUUCAAAAACAGUCUUUUCCCAACUUAUGGAAUUUAUUUCACAUUAGUAACAGCAAGAAUUACUUCAUUGAUGACUACGCUGUUGAGUGUUGAAAGAUUCGUUGCUGUUCAUUUUCCAAUGAAAGCCAAAUUUAUAUGCAACAAGAAAACGACAUUAGUUGCCAUCAUUGUUAUAUAUCUAAUUACAAUUGUUUUGUUUCUACCGUUUCCAUUUAAAUAUAAUAUCGUCUACAGAGUGAAAAACAAUAUUUCGUAUACCCUCGUUGUCAGAAAUCGAAGCCUCAGCGAUAACUUUUGUGCAUUGUACGGACUUGCAAUGAACAUAAUAUUCCGGUUUACACCAAUCAUCCUCAUACUUUUGUUGAAUUUUAAAAUAAUGAACAUUGUUUGGAAAACACGACGGAUCAGGGAGUCUAUUAGUUUACAAAACGAAGGACAAUCACAAGAGCAGAGAAAAAUUACCAUUAUGCUACUAGUUGUGACAUUUACAUUUAUUAUCUGUAUAUUACCCGGAGCUAUAAAUAGCUUAUUACAACUAGCAUGGAAAGGGUAUUCUCGACUUGGUAAGUCAAGAAAUUUUCAACAAUUGUUGUCAUAUAUAACAUUCCUAUUAGAAGCGACCAAUUCUGCCCUUAAUUUUGUAAUCUAUAUGGCGCUAAGUGCGCGAUUUUACGCGAAAUACAAAGAAAUCUUCUUUUCUGCAAAAGAUUUUAUUCGUCAAGUCAGUGUUAAUAGUUUCAGUCGUGGUAAAUCAUCGUUUGCAAUACACAAAAAAUGUGACUCACAAUCAAGUUUCACAUAUAGCGAGGAUCCGGCCAAUCAAAGACUAGCAAACAAAAUGACAAAUUGUAGAAAUGACUCGUAUAAAAGCCUUCUGCAACACUCAGGAAAUGGACAAUGUUCCAAAGGAAGGAAUUCAACUAAAAUCAAUCAACCACCUAAUGGAACUCUGUAUGAAUUGUCUGAAAAGAGCAAAACGUCAUCAAAAGCUGCUGACAGUUCUCCGUCGCGGAAAUACUUUAUAUUAGACCAAUCAGAAAGUGACUCCGACAAUAUCAAACUACCUCCAUUAGUCAAACAAGACACACUUGAAACAAAUGUAGAUCCAUAAAAUAAUGUAUA